AGAGGAAGUUAUCUACUAAGCCGGCGCUGCGGUGACAUUGCGGUUACUCGGCCUUCUGGUAGUGCUUGCGCUGGCUUGGACGUUGAUAUCAGGCUGCGAUACGGACCUGCCGAGGUAUCGGAAGCCGACAGAGAGCGGGUAGUCGAGGAGCUGCAAGGCCGGUCUUUCCGUCAGUUCGAUCCUCACCUGGACGCCAGUCCCAGAAAAGCCGUCAUC